GCUGGGCCCAGCUCCUCACACCUUUCUCGCCUCUUCCACUUUCUUCCCUCCCAUUUUCGAAGCUCAAAUCCCUUCCCAAUGGCAGCCAGCCCCGGCGAACAGCUCAUAUACUCCUCCGGCGCUCCGACGUCGACCCCGCUAGACCUGCGCUUCCUCCACUACAACGAUGUCUACCACGUUGACGCCUCCUCUGCCGAGCCGGUCGGGGGCCUUUCGCGCUUCCAGACGGUUGUCAACUACUACCGCAAUGAUGACCGAUUCGAAGGACAACCGGAUAUGCUCACAUUCUUCUCGGGAGACGCGUUCAACCCGAGUCUGGAAAGCUCAGUAACUAAAGGCAGUCAUAUGGUACCCGUCCUCAACGGCAUUGGAACAGAUGUAGCUUGCGUUGGCAACCAUGAUCUCGAUUUUGGCGUACGCCAAUUCCGCCACCUUACCGGCCAAUGCAAAUUUCCCUGGCUCCUGGCCAACGUACUAGACCCCGCGCUGGGCCCCGACACAGCACUCGGCAACGCAGAGAGGACCAUCAUGCUGACGAGCUCGAAUGGCAUAAAAAUCGGAGUAAUCGGGCUAGGAGAGCGCGAGUGGCUGGACACAAUCAACUCCCUUCCCCCAAAUCUAAUAUACAAGUCUGCGACUGAGACGGCGCGGGAGCUAGUUCCAGGUCUGAGAGCACAAGGCGCAGAGAUGGUGGUUGCGGUGACACAUCAGCGGGAGCCAAACGAUAACAAGCUUGCGGAACUGACGGGCGAGGAGGGGCUUAUUGAUGUGAUUCUUGGAGGACAUGAUCACUACUACAGCCACAACCUGAUCAAAGGGACGCAUGCGCUUCGUUCGGGGACCGACUUCAAGCAACUGAGUUACAUAGAGGCAAGACGGAAGACGGACGGAAGCAAGAAGUGGGACUUCGAGAUUGUGAGGAGGGAUAUCGUGAGCAGUAUACCUCGAGAUCCCCAGACUCUGGAGCUGGUGGAUAAGUUGACAAGAGCACUGAAAAGCAAACUUGAGAAGCCUAUUGGAUACACUGCAGCCCCCCUUGAUGCCCGAUUCACAACAGUCCGAACGAAAGAAUCGAAUCUCGGAAAUUUCGUCUGCGAUCUGAUGCGGUAUUACUACCAAGCAGACUGCUGCAUCAUGGCGGCCGGAACGAUUCGUGGUGAUCAGAUAUACCCACCUGGCGUUCUGAGGCUGAAGGAUCUCAUGGACUGUUUCCCCUUCGAGGACCCGGUGGUCGUCAUCAAAGUCAAAGGCAAAGCAAUUGUAGAGGCACUAGAGAAUGGGGUUGGAUCAUAUCCCUCACUAGAAGGCCGAUAUCCACAAGUUUCGAACAUCCAAAUCGAAGUCGACUACUCUCGAAAGCCGGGCUCACGCGUCCUAUCUACCAAGAUCGGCGGAGAACCGGCAGAUCUAGAAAAGGAAUAUGUGCUAGCCACUCGCGGAUACAUGGGUCGUGGUAAAGACGGCUACACCUCCCUCCUCAUCGAAGAAGAAGGCGGCUCCGCCAUCGAGCUCGUCUCGGAAGAAAACGGCGUCCUCAUCUCCACCAUCCUGCGCCAAUACUUCAUGUCGCUCAAAGUGCUCGGGCGGUGGGCCAUGUGGGGCCCCAGCAUCUCGCGCCAAUGGGACGCCGUGCACCAAAACCUCCAAAAGUCCCACCCCGUCCACGCGCCCCUGCCCCCCGGCAACCACAUCGUCGACGUCCUCCAGCGCAAAGCCAAAUCCGCCAGCGGCCGCACCACCCCCGGCGGCCAGCACCCCGAGGGCGCCGAGACCCCGCUGAACGAGUCCGACAGCGAGUUCGAGAAGGACGACGACGACCACACGGCGGCGCAGUCCGAGGAUCCGCGCACGACGACGGCUACGAGCUUGCGCACGGCGCCGACGACGCUGGUGAGUCGCCGCCAGCGCGAGCAGACGCUGGCGAGGAAGGUGAUGCGGAAGUGGUGGCGGUUGGCGAAGAUCCCGGGGACCCCGAAGGUGGCGGAUGAGUUGGGGGAGGGCGAGUUUACGAUCAACUGGACGAAGGCGAUUGCGCCGAGGCUGGAGGGGAGGAUUAGGGAGGUCAAGGCUGCAGCGGCGUAGAGCGUUGUAGGGCGUGAUGAAUAUGACGGCGGUCAAGGAGCUCGGUGGUCCCAACCAAGUUCUAGAAUUGAUAUGAAAGAUUCGAUGCUUCAAUCGGAAAGGAUGUGGUUGGCUUUAAUGAGUGUGCACUAUCGAGGCGAAGUUGGGCUGGAACUUCGCGAUUGGCAACUAGACUUUUCUAAAACGUUUGCACUACGAAGUAUAACAAAAAGCUGAACGCUACUGAUACUU